AUCAGUUGAAGUGGGUGUCUUUAGAAAACAUCGGGGUGUGACUAAAGCUACCCGCCCAAGUUUCUUGGAUUGGCCCACCUAGAAGCCCAUUUACAUCUGCUCUAGCACAGGAUUUCUACUUUCUAAUGAGUAAUUGGAAUUCCACAACAAAAUCUCUUUUUUUCUCCAAAACUAAUAAAUUAUCACCUUUUUGUACGGUAAGGAUUAUGCGAUUUUCUGGGCAUUCGAAACUUUUUUCGCAACCGCUCCCUUCUUCGACGAGAGACGUGAAACAAACCGAUUCUGAUUUCAAUUUGAAACCAGAAAAAAAUAGAUUUGGUCUUUCUAUGUUUUGAAUUUGAAUACUCGAUAUCUGCAUCGAAAGAGCACGCGUUCGAACUGUUGAUAAUUAAGCUGUUUCUAUGGAGAUUUAAAUGUUUAUAAGUUUAUAGUUGAUUGAUGUCGAAGUAUAGUCUCGGUGUUCAAGCAUGCCUGUUUUCGUUGAUCCCCGCGAGGCUCCUAAGUUAUGGAGGAAAGUUUGCACAGAGACGUCGAUAGAGAUUUCGCUGCUCUCCGAGAACUGGAAGUUUCUUCUCGCUGGAAUCGUUUUUCAGUACAUUCAUGGAUUGGCAGCUCAUGGAGUUCAUUACUUACAUCGGCCUGGAACAAUACUUCAGGAUGCUGGAUUCUUUCUUCUUCCAGAAUUAGGCGAAGAUAAAGCUUACAUUAGCGAGACAGUAUUCACCUUCAUCUUUGGUUCCUUUGUAUUGUGGACUUUUCACCCAUUCGUUUUUCAGAGCAAAAGAAUCUAUACAGUUCUUAUAUGGUGCAGGGUUCUUGCUUAUUUAGUGGCUUCUCAAAUCCUCCGGAUUCUAACAUUCUAUCCUACUCAGCUUCCUGGUCCAAAUUAUCAUUGUCGUGAGGGCUCAAAACUUGCCACGCUGCCCCCUCCAGAGAGUGCACUUGAAGUGCUUCUAAUUAACUUUCCCAAAGGAGUCAUGUAUGGCUGUGGGGAUCUUAUUUUUUCAUCCCACAUGAUUUUUACCUUGGUAUUUGUUCGCACGUACCAAAAAUAUGGCACAAGAAGGUGCCUUAAGCAAUUUGCUUGGUUACUUGCUGUGUUCCAGAGCAUCCUGAUUCUGUCAUCUCGCAAACAUUACACAGUUGACAUUGUUGUUGCUUGGUAUACAGUAAAUUUGGUUGCAUUCUUUGUUGAUAAGAAGUUGUCAGAAAUGCCUGACCGACCUGCUGCAUAUGCACCUACGCCCCUACUCCCUUUGAGCAGCAGAGACAAGGAUGGUAAAAACAGAGAAGAGCACCACAAAUUUGUCGGUGAGGUUUCAAUGGACUCUCCAAAUUGAUUUCUAAGUUGGAGUAAAUUCUUCAUUUCUUAUUUCUCAGUUUCAGAAGAUUUGACUGUGAGGUAAGUAUGUGGUAAAAUUGUAUAUAGAAGUCAGCACAAGCUGAAGAUAGCGGUGCUGAUAUUACCACAUGCUGAGGAUCAACCAGUACAGCCAACUUGCUUAUUUGGGCAGUGAACCUUAUUUGUGUCAAUAAUACAAUUUUUUGGAAUUGUAACAGC